AUAUAGCGGCAGGGCCCCGGCGAAGUGACAUCAGUGAACCAUCGUCGGCUGUCAGCAUCACCGCGAGCUACUUCGAAAACACACCGCCGAGAAAAUGAGAACCUGCACGCUCGUCUUCGUCGCCCUCGCGGCUGUCCUCCUUUGCGCCGAGUAUGUCAGCGCGAUGGAGCUGUGUCCCCAGGAGAAUUGUCUCACCCCUGACAGGUGCGAGGAGCAUGUGAAGAGUCUAAAUGUUCAAUGCCUUGAACAGGGCACCACGUGCUGCAGCAUAGUUAAAAAGGAGUACCAAACUCAUUGCCGUCAUUUCGGCGGAGUGUGCAUGAACCGUUGCGCCCCCGUUCUGCAACAGAAUGCCGUCGACUGCGAGGGCCAAGUCUGCUGCGUUCUGGUUUAAAGGAUCACAGCGGCCGAGACACCAGCGGCGCCAGGCCGAAGCAUAAUCUCACUCCGAUUAACGACAAAACGGGAUCCUAAUAUAAUUUAAUCGUAGUUUAGAAUAUCGAGAAGAAGUCUUUCCAUUCAGUUUCACAACAGACAACGGUCGAAGAGCCGCGCAUUGUUGUCUGGAUUUUCCGCUGGAAAAUGCGUUCCUCUCUCGGAAGAGUUGAUUCACAUCCACCUUUGAUAUAUCACAUUACCGUACAAAUGCAAGAAGACUUAAUUGGAUUUGUAAUUAUGAUGAUGAUAAUUCCGCUCGCAAUUAUUAAUAUAAUCUCGCACGCGCGCACAAUGCAUUAUUGUAACGCCGGCCGAGAGAGGAAUCGUUUCAAAAAGUCUGCGUAAAAUAUCCGGAGAAAAUAUCUCACGGGGGAAUAAUGCGCAUCGAAUGUGAGAAUGCAAAUUAAUUAUGGACAAAAUUGCGCACACGGUGGCAUGUUGUCAAGAUAAACUUCACUUGCAAAGUACAAAUUAUCGCCACGUGAAAACGUUUGGAAGUUUCGCGAGUUUUAACGGGAGAACCGAAGGGACGCAACGACGAAGCCGACGGUGCGCGUGUCAAUUUCAAUGAAUUCUGCCGACGUGUUGUGUGUUGUUCCCGAAGUAAGCGACUUGUACGCGCACCGUGCAACGAUUAUGAUAUGUAUUACGACUUUAAGUGCGAUCGCAGCUACGUCUGCGGUGUAAUUGAGCUUUAAAUAUUUUUAAUAAAAUUCUCUCAUGGCGUUGUAGUUACCGAAA